ACAAGGUGCUGGUGUAAACAGUUACCAAUAACAAUUUCAUCGUUAAGAGUUUUACUUUAGACGUUUAUUAACACCCUGGAACUCAAACUAUGAAUAAUUUAACUGUAUAACAAUAUAUACAUACCCCAUGGAGUGUUUAAUUCGCGUUUGAGACAGGACUUGCUUGAUAUAUGUUAUCUAGGUAACGCUAGCUAGCUUUAUUUUGCCAUUGUUAGCCAUUGUAGCUAACAAUGGCUAACUGUAUGGUUUUUCACACUCAAAUAGCCUCCAUCAUGGAGGUGCUAGCAAAUGCAGCUGUGGCGGAGAUCUGUAAACUCGUAGACGACGACUAUGCAGUGUUUCGUUUGGAAAUAACUCAAAGCCAGAAAGAAAACAGGGCAUUGCGGAGGAAACUACAGGUACUGGAACUAAAGGGGUCACGGGAGCGCAUCCUCGCAAGUCGUCCCAGAAGUGUCAAGAUCCUCGACCGAUACAGAGGAAUGGGAAGAGGUGAAGGACAUCUCACUGGAGGCCACAGGAGCUUUGUUAAACCAGCGGGACACAAUACAUGGAGAGAUGGCCAACCAAUCACUGUUGAUGAGGGGAGUGGAAUCUCAACCCAGCACGUUAUCAUGAUAGAGUCUGCAGGUCCUGGGGUCAAGCAUGAGAGGUCUGAACGAGAGGACGAGCCACAACACAGCAGAGACAUCCAGACUGUAGCAGCGGCUGGAGUGACGCCCCCUGUAGCCACUGAGGACCUUGCCACCGCCGUGCCCCAGCCCAGGGCCCGAUGCAGCAUCACGGAGGUCAGUGGAACGCCGAACGCCGUCUUCAAGUCAAAGACCAACACAGAGACUUUAACUGUAACACAAAGGCUCUUACACACAGGAUCUGACCACAGAUCAGACCCAGAGAGACUGGGGCCGCUGGGCUGUCCUGCUCCCGACUCAGAGUAUUUACUUUACGGUAACUCGAGCAUGAGGACGGUUCAUUCCCAUCCGGACUCAGGUGACGUGUUAGAGACUGGUAAUGAUCCGUCUUGUUCUUACACUACAGAGAUGGACCCUGGCAACAUGCCCUUGGGUUUAGAGACACACACUGAUCUGUCUACAGGGGACUGGAACCGGUACAGUAGUAGUGUACACUCUGAAGGGUGCCUAGAUAAACAAGGGGAGGGUCUGGUCGUAGAUGAAGUGACUGUGAAAGUGGAGGGUGACACUCCUCCCACAUGGAAUGCAGAUAGUCACCUAGGAGACAAAAACUCACAGGGCAGAGGUUUCAUAGAUUACAGGGAAAGCUUAGAGACAAAUCCAAAUGUCACGACCCACUCCCCUUUACCCGCGCUCAGGGAUCACAACCCAGUGUCCACGUCGAUGGGGCAUUACGAUUCACACAGCCGCAUCCUUUUCGAUCAGGUAUUGAACUCAAACGACAUGGCUAGAGCCCAGGCUCAGGGAGGGGGAGCCACAUCAGGCAAUAGUAAAGAGAAACGGUUCCUCUGCAUGUUCUGUAAGAAAGGCUUCAGCUGCCCUCAGACAGUGGAGAUCCACCAGAGGGUCCACACAGGGGAGAAGCCCUACAGCUGUACUCAGUGUCCCAUGCGCUUCACACAGGCUGGUGACCUGAAGAGGCACCACAGGGUUCACACAGGGGAGAAACCUUACAUCUGCCCGCAGUGUCACAUCCGCUUCACCCAGGCUAGCAGCCUGAAGAGGCACCUGAAGGUCCACACAGGAGAAAAGCUGUUCGCCUGUACGCACUGCGGGAAGAGGUUCUCAGAGAGGAGCAUCCUCAGGAUACACCAGCAGAAAAACCAUUCCACAAAAUAAAAACCAUUCCAAUGUAUAGUUUAAGUUUAGAUCAAACCCUGCAUUAAAGACAAAGAUGUAUUGUCAGUGUUGUCCGCAGAAAAUAUCCACUGAUAUAUUUGGAAGAAUGAGAGUAACAGAUUUCAGUGUUGAAUAUUCCUGGGUAGAAUAUUGCAUCCAGACAUUGUGUGAUAUAUAAGCCUAAAAAGUCUAACAUAUUGUGUUUGUAUUGUGUAGGCUAUAUGAUGUUCACAAAUGCCUAUUUCAUUACUUCCAUUCUACUACUUAAAAAAAAAAAAAGUAAUUAAUUAGAAAAAUGUAUGCAGUUUAUCAACUUCGUGCAGAUCUUUUGUUGAGACGUGUGGUUUUCAUAUGGUGUAUUUAAACCUUGUUUAUAUUUAGUAAACACAAAAUGGGACUUUUCAUUCUAAGACUUUCAUUGAGACUCUCUUUAGUAUACAUCACAUCUGA